CGUUCUACGUAAUAACACACGUCUAUUCGUUUUUACGUAUUAAUAUAUCGAAAGCACGUAAGACAAAUCUAAUUACAGAGAGUACACAGUCGUGUCAGAACUCUCGUUGUACGAGGAUGGAGCGAUGGGCUGGAAAAGUAGCUGUUGUUACUGGAGCCAGCGCCGGAAUUGGCGCCGCAAUUGCACGAAUUCUCGUUAAACAAGGUAUGAUAGUGGCAGGCUUUGCGAGGAGGGUGGAGAGAAUAAAAGAAAUCGCUGAUAGUUUGGAAGAUUCCUCGGGAAAGCUCCACGCUGUGGAAUGCGACGUGACUAAAGAGGAUAGCGUAAUAGCGGCUUUCGCGUGGGUAAAGGACACUCUUGGAUCAGUAAGCGUUCUCGUGAAUAGCGCUGGUAUCACUAAGGAAUCUUCGCUCAUUGACGGUACUUUGGAAGAUUGGCGAUGUGUUUUCGACGUGAAUGUCCUCGGUCUCUGUCUGUGUACACGCGAAGCCGUUCGUAUGAUGCGUGAAACGACGGCCGACGAUGCCGUUGUGAUCCACGUGAAUAGUUUGGCCGGAGAACGGCUGCCUUUUGUUCCGGGAAUCAGCGUGUAUCCGGCGUCAAAACGCGCCGUUACCGGGCUUGCUCAGAAUUUGCGUCACGAGCUCGCAGGCACACGUAUACGCGUCUCGAGCAUCAGUCCCGGAUUGGUUGCGACGGAAUUUAUGGCUUCCUACAGCAUUUUCUCCGCGGAAGCGAUGAUGGCGAUGCCGACUUUGAAUCCGGACGACGUUGCGGCAGCGGCGAUUUAUAUACUGUCGAAUCCUCCUCACGUUUUGAUACAGGACGUGGUACUGAGACCUCUGGAUGAAUCAUGGUAAUCGAGUUUUUACAACAAAUCGUAUACAUGUAUAUUACAUCCAUGAUAGGAAAACAUUUACAAAAUUAUGUGACGAAAUCU